UGGAGGGCAGACAGACGGCAUGACCGAGGAGAAAUGUCCCCAGCUGGUGGACUACUUUGUAGUGGCAGGACUCGACCGGGCCUGGAGGCCCCUAGACGAGGAUGGCAAAACCUGCAACUCCUCCUCCUCCCUCCUCCCCUCGCCUCCUUCCUCCUCCUCCUCCUCAACGAAAGGGGUGGAGUCGGGUGAGAUUCGUGAUCGCGGGCUCUUGGAGGAAGUGCCCGAGGGCUUCACCUGCAUCGAGAAGACGCUGGGCGGCCACUCGGCCGAGCUGAGCGCCGGGCUCAUCAACAACCCUCACCUGUACCUGUGCUAUCACCGAUGGACAAAGAAACUGGCAGACGAUGAGCAGGUCCAGGACCUGGUUCUGUAUGAGGGGAAGGAGCAGCUGAAGCAGAGCUGGUUCGUCAUCGAGACGACGCCCUACAGCCGCUCGGCCAACCUGAGCUCCGGCGGCGCCCCGACGGCCCACCGCGUCUUCCUGACGUACCGCAGGGCCCUGGACUCGCAGGGCCUCCACACGCUGGGGGUCACCGACAUCGCCCUGCUGCUGCCCAGCAAAGGGGAGGUCGCCCCGCACACCUUCUGCCGCGUCGACAAGAACCUCAACACCGGCAUGUGGGGUCCCGCUCUGUACGUGUGCUACAAGAGAGCGGUGGCCAAAGCCAACGCCCUGGUCUACAAAGCCAGUCUGAUCAGCCGGUACCCGGAGGAGGACCUGGAGGCCUUCCCUCUGCCGGAGUCGGUGCCGGUCUUCUGUCUGCCGAUGGGCGCCACCGUGGAGAGCUGGCCUCUCAACACCAAGUACCAGCUGCCCGUCUUCUCCACCUUCGUCCUCACCUCCGCCUCCGGGGACAAGGUCUACGGAGCAGCCAUCCAGUUCUACGAGUCCUUCUCCCGGGACCUGCUGUCGGAGCGGCAGAGCGUGCGGCUCGGGCUGCUCAGCGUGGUGGACCGGAGGCCCAUCACCAGCCGCAGCCUGCAGGUGAAGAAGAGCAUCUGUGUCCUCUCCCACUGGCCCUUCUUCACCGUCUUCCAGAAGUUCCUCACCUUCGUGUACAGAUACUCCAUCUCCGGGCCCCACGUCCUGCCGCUCGAAAAACACAUCUCCAGCUUCAUGCACAACGUCCCGUUUCCUUCCCCGCAGCGGCCUCGCAUCCUCGUUCAGCUCUCUCCGUAUGACAACCUGCUGCUCUGCCAGCCGGUCUCCUCUCCUCUCCCGCUCAGGUCAGUGUACUGCAGUACCGACACAACCGCUGUGUGUGUAUCUGUGUGUCUCCAGAUGAGCUUCCCUCUGCGCUGGAUCUGUCCCUACAUCCCUCUGUGUCCGCUGCAGAUGGCCGACGUGCUGCUGGCGCCGAUGCCCUUCAUCGUGGGGGUCCACUCCAGCUACUUCGACCUGUACGACCCCCCCACAGACGUGGUCUGCGUCGACCUGGACACCAACACCAUCUUCCAGUCGGACGACAAGAAGCCGUUGUCAUGGCGAUCGUUACCCAGGAAGCCCGGCAAGACUCUGUUCAACACCCUCACCAACCUCCACAAGACCCUGGAGAAGAUUUGCACCCCCGGCCAGGAGGAGGCGACGCUGGAGUUCCUGCUGACGGACUACGACCAGAUCUACCGGAGCCAGAAGCAGCUGGAGCUGGAGAUCCAGGAGGCCUUCCUCCGCUUCAUGAGCUGCCUGCUGCGCGGAUACCGAACCUUCCUGCUGCCCAUCACCCAGGCGCCAUCAGACACCACCACGGACUGCAGCUCCCUGUUCAACCUGCAGGGGUUCCUGAAGUCUCGGGAUCGAACGCAGCAGAAGAUCUACGGUCAGCUGACCAGGACGCAGAUGUUCACUCAGUUCAUCGAGGAGUGCUCCUUCGUCAGCGACCGGCACGCCUGCCUCGAGUUCUUUGACGAGUGCGUCCAGAAGGUGGACGUGGAGAAGCCGGAGGAGGUGAGGCUGAUCGAUCUGGAUGAGACUCACAGCGGCGAGCACACCGUCUUCAUCAUGCCUCCUGAAGAACCGCAGGAAGCGGACGGCUCCGAGUGUCCCGCACUCUACAGUUAUGAAACCUUCCCCACCCUGAGGCCGGAGCUCUUUGACCGGCCGCAGGACCAGCUCCGGGUCCCGGCAAAGGGCAGCGCCCCCAGCAGCCCCGCGCCACGCCGCACCAAACAGGAGAUCAAGUUGGCCCAGAAGCGAGCUCAGAAGUACUCAGCGGUGCCGGACAUGUGGUCCAAGUGCCUGCUGGGUCACUGCUACGGCCUCUGGUUCAUCUACCUGCCCACCUUCGUGCGGGCCGAGAGCGCCAAGGUGCGCGCGCUGCACACGGCCUACGACGUCCUCAAACACAUGGAGAACCGCAAGGUGGUGCUGCCGGACGAG